CGUCAGAAACGAGGCAUAGCAAACGAGGCAAACGGCGACGGCGACAGCAACUUAGAAAAGCAUAAACGGAGAAGAGAGUUGGAGAGUUUCGGGCAGCCCAGGGCGUGUGAUAGCAACUGCAAUAAGUGCUAAAUAGAUUAAUCCCGAGACACAGUGACAUCGCAAGCAGCAAAAUGAGCGGCGGAGGCAUGGACAAGAGAAAACUCUCCACAUCGGGGGACUCGCUGUACGAGAUCCUGGGACUUCCGAAGACUGCCACCGGAGACGAUAUCAAGAAGACUUACCGGAAGCUGGCACUCAAAUACCAUCCGGACAAGAACCCCGACAACGUCGAUGCUUCCGAUAAGUUCAAGGAGGUGAACCGGGCGCACUCGAUUCUGAGCGACCAGACCAAACGCAAUAUCUACGACAACUAUGGCUCCCUGGGACUGUAUAUAGCCGAGCAGUUCGGCGAGGAGAAUGUGAAUGCAUACUUUGUGGUCACAUCGCCGGCGGUGAAGGCCUUGUUUAUCUGCUGUGCAGUGGUCACCGGCUGCUGCUGCUGUUGCUGCUGCUGCUGCUGUUGCAACUUCUGCUGCGGCAAGUUCAAGCCGCCGGUCAACGAAUCGCACGACCAGUAUGCACAUCUGAACCGCCCCGAUGGCAAUCGAGAGGCUAGUGAUCUGCCACCGCACCUGGGACAGCAGCCACGUCUUGAGGACGUUGAUCUGGACGACGUGAAUCUUGGUGCGGGCGGAGGCCCCGUCACCUCGCAGCCACGCGAGCAGUCCGGAGGACAGCCCGUCUUCGCCAUGCCACCGCCCAGUGGAGCAGCUGUGGGCGUGAAUCCAUUCACCGGCGCCCCCGUGGCGGCCAACGAGAACACGUCGCUGAACACCACAGAGCAGACAACAUACACGCCAGAUAUGGUUAAUCAAAAAUAUUAG